UUGCCUCGACCAAGGAAGGGUCAGAGAGACUCAGAAUAGAAAAUAAACAUAAAAAUAGACAUUUUCUUUCCAGAAGGAAGGAAUGGGAUUUGGGAUUUAAUAAAAAGUUGUUAAAAUUCUGACAAAGAGGUAGUCUGAAGAAAAACACCACUCAGAAAAUGCCUCUUGGCGGCUACUUUGUGGAUUUCUAGGGUUUCUGUUUCAGAUAAUUUUACGCGUUCGAAGAUUAGGGAAAUACAAGAAAAGCAACAGUCAUGACGUGGUUCAGAGCUGCAUCUAGUGUAGCAAAGUUAGCUGCUAAGAGAAAUCUAACUCAAGUAAGAUCUUACACGACAAGAACACGGUUAAUCCCUUCACAAGCACGAGGUUUCCAUUCGACGAUUUUCAACUCAAAAGCAGCUUCAUCAGCGCCAGUCCCACGUGCAGUGCCUCUUUCAAGGCUAACUGAUAGUUUUCUUGAUGGAACAAGUAGUGUUUACUUAGAGGAGUUGCAAAGAGCUUGGGAAGCUGACCCGAGUAGCGUGGAUGAAUCAUGGGAUAAUUUCUUCAGGAAUUUUGUUGGUCAAGCUGCAACAUCUCCAGGGAUAUCGGGGCAGACAAUACAAGAAAGUAUGCGUUUGUUGUUGCUUGUAAGAGCGUAUCAGGUUAAUGGACAUAUGAAGGCUAAUUUGGAUCCGUUAGCUUUGGAGGAACGUGAAAUUCCUGAUGAAUUGGACCCUGCUCUUUAUGGGUUUACUGAGGCUGAUCUUGACAGGGAGUUCUUUCUUGGGGUGUGGAAGAUGGCUGGGUUUUUGUCUGAGAAUCGUCCUGUCCAAACACUUAGAGGUAUCCUGACUCGUCUGGAGCAGGCAUAUUGUGGAAGUGUUGGGUAUGAGUAUAUGCAUAUUGCAGAUCGUGAAAAGUGUAACUGGUUGAGAGACAAAAUCGAAACACCAACCCCAAGGCAAUAUAACCAGCAGCGUCGUGAAGUUAUGCUUGAUAGACUUAUGUGGAGCACGCAGUUUGAGAAUUUCCUGGCAACAAAGUGGACGGCUGCAAAAAGGUUUGGCCUCGAAGGCGGUGAAACUCUGAUUCCUGGUAUGAAAGAGAUGUUUGACAGGGCAGCAGAUCUUGGGGUUGAGAGCAUUGUUAUUGGGAUGUCACAUAGAGGGAGAUUGAACGUUCUGGGCAAUGUCGUCAGAAAGCCACUUGCUCAGAUUUUCAGUGAAUUUAGUGGAGGUAUAAAGCCCAUUGACGAAGUUGGGCUUUACACAGGAACUGGUGACGUCAAGUACCACUUGGGAACUUCUUAUGAUCGGCCAACAAGGGGUGGAAAGAGAAUCCAUCUAUCUUUGGUUGCAAAUCCAAGUCAUUUGGAGGCUGUCGAUCCUGUUGUGGUUGGAAAAACACGAGCAAAACAAUAUUACUCUAAUGAUGUGGAGAGGACAAAAAAUUUGGGUAUAUUGAUUCAUGGAGAUGGAAGUUUUGCAGGUCAGGGUGUGGUCUAUGAGACACUGCAUCUUAGUGCCCUUCCUAACUAUACAACUGGUGGAACUAUCCAUAUUGUAGUGAACAACCAAGUGGCCUUCACAACUGAUCCAAGCGCUGGGAGAUCUUCACAAUAUUGCACUGAUGUUGCAAAGGCGUUGAAUGCACCAAUUCUCCAUGUUAAUGGUGAUGACUUGGAAGCAGUUGUUCAUGUUUGUGAGCUUGCAGCAGAGUGGCGCCAGAUGUUUCAUUCUGACGUGGUGGUUGAUAUAGUUUGUUAUCGUCGAUUCGGGCACAAUGAGAUCGAUGAGCCAUCAUUUACGCAACCUAAAAUGUAUCAGGUCAUCCGAAACCAUCCAUCAGCCCUUGAGAUUUACCAGAAGAAACUUGUAGAGCAAGGACAGAUUGGAGAGGAUGACAUAGACAGAAUACAUAGCAAAGUUAGUGGCAUUCUGAAUGAAGAGUUCCUUAAGAGCAAAGAUUAUGUUCCGAAAAAAAGGGACUGGCUUUCAGCUUAUUGGACUGGAUUUAAAUCACCUGAACAGAUUUCACGUGUCCAUAACACUGGGGUCAAGCCAGAGAUAUUGAAGACUGUUGGCAAAGCAAUAACAACCCUUCCAGAGACUUUUAAGCCUCACAGAGCAGUCAAAAAGAUAUUUGAGCAGCGUGCUCAGAUGAUUGAAACAGAAGAGGGCAUCGACUGGGCAGUGGGAGAAGCACUUGCUUUUGCUACACUGCUAGUGGAAGGUAAUCAUGUCAGGUUGAGUGGUCAGGAUGUGGAAAGAGGUACGUUUAGCCACCGACAUGCAGUACUUCAUGAUCAGCUAAGCGGGGAUAAAUAUUGUCCUCUCGACCACAUUGUGAUGAACCAGAAUGAGGAACUGUUUACUGUCAGCAACAGUUCGCUCUCUGAAUUUGGUGUCCUUGGGUUUGAAUUGGGUUAUUCAAUGGAAAAUCCAAAUUCGCUAGUUAUAUGGGAGGCCCAGUUUGGUGAUUUUUCCAAUGGGGCUCAGGUGAUAUUUGAUCAGUUUUUGAGCAGUGGGGAGUCGAAGUGGCUGCGUCAAACUGGACUAGUUGUCCUACUACCUCAUGGUUAUGAUGGUCAGGGUCCUGAACAUUCAAGUGCCCGACUGGAGCGUUUCCUUCAGAUGAGUGAUGACAAUCCUUAUGUUAUACCUGAGAUGGAUCCAACACUUCGGAAGCAGAUUCAAGAAUGCAAUUGGCAGGUUGUGAACAUCACAACCCCUGCUAACUAUUUCCAUGUCCUUCGGCGCCAGAUUCACAGAGAAUUCCGGAAGCCACUUGUUGUGAUGGCUCCUAAAAACCUUCUUCGCCACAAAGACUGCAAGUCAAACCUAUCCGAGUUUGAUGAUGUCCAAGGUCACCCAGGAUUCGACAAGCAGGGCACCCGAUUCAAACGUCUCAUUAAGGAUCAGAACGACCACUCCGAUCUUGAGGAGGGCAUCAGGCGCCUGGUUCUGUGCUCUGGAAAGGUUUAUUAUGAGCUUGAUGAAGAGCGUAAGAAAGCUCAGGGAAAAGAUGUUGCAAUCUGCAGGGUGGAGCAGCUAUGCCCUUUCCCAUAUGACCUAAUCCAGCGAGAAUUGAAGAGAUAUCCUAAUGCAGAGAUUGUGUGGUGCCAAGAAGAGCCAAUGAACAUGGGUGCCUACAACUACAUUGCACCUAGACUAUGGACCGCAAUGAGGGCACUUGGCCGAGGAGGUUUGGAUGAUAUUAAAUACGUGGGUCGUGCUCCUUCUGCUGCAACUGCCACUGGUUUCUAUACAGUGCACACGAAAGAGCAGACCGAACUUGUGAAGAAAGCGAUUCAGCCUGAACCAAUCCAACAAUAUGCUUGCUGAACAAAAUUGACCAUUACUGCUAAGCCAAUAUAGGUGAGGAAUAAUCAAACAUGCAUACUGAAGAACAGCCUGCAAAUAUGAUUAAACAAUAAUCAAAUCAUUGUUACGGGAAGAACCUUAAAAUAUCUUCCCUCCAUAUUUUCUUUGUCUUCUUUUGCAUUAUAUACCAAUCUUCAGUACUUUGUACUAAUCAGGUAACAUGAAAUUUUUUGAUCUGUGGGAUAUAUAUUAGUUGUGCAGGUGAACUGCAUUUUACUCCAA